AUGGCCACAGUUAAUGAUACCGUACCGGAAGACGGACCGAUAGACGCAGCACAGUUGCAUGCCGUAAUCGGAAUCCUAUCCAUUUUCGCCGUUUUCGGAACCAUAGGAAAUGCUCUUGCUUUUUACGUCUUUUACAAUCUGAAGCAGAAGCUUACGUCAACUAUCUUUAUACUGACUCUCGCUGGAACGGACUUCAUUACCUGUCUUGUGACCAUACCGUUUACGAUUACCUUAGAAUCCGUUGAGUUUGUCGUGGACGAUGCCGUUUGUAAAAUAUAUCAUUUCCUCAUUACGACAACGAUUCCGUUUUCGGCAUUUGUCAUGGUUGCUAUAGCAUUCGAUCGAUAUUUAUGCAUUUGUCAUCCGUUUUUACACGUGAUGACCAUCCGACGGGCGAAAAUUAUCGUAGCUUCUCUGAGUGUUCUGUCUCUAUCUUUGGGCAUCAUUGCUUGUAUACAUUAUACCACAUGGGUCUUGCAGGAUUUGGAAGUUGACGAUCUCCUAACCACUUCGAAACCGUUUCUGGAUCCAGACGUAACCGUAGAGGAUUUUAGUGAUAGUAGUAGUGUGGUACAUUACUCGUCGUAUCCGACUGGUUACACGCAUCGCCAGAAUUCAUCAGCUGCUGCUAGUACGUUAACGUUGUCCGUGAACGUAUCAACGACGCCUACGCCAGUGAAAACCAUUAAAGCAUUCAUAGAUAAGGGACAAUGUCGAACCAACGAGCAUGUUAUUAACUCCGUGUUCUUUAUGGUAUAUCAGAAGAUUUAUUCGGCUCUAUUUUUAGUCUGUUGUCUCAUUGUUUUAGCGCUGUACAGUCUAAUUUAUCGCUUCGUUAUCUCACAACGGGAAAAACGAUUACAAAUCAAAUCCAAUAACUGCUGUUGGCCUGUGACAAACACAGAGAACUCUAGUAUCGAGUGUGAGCAAUCUGAGGCCACGGUGGCUUUGGAACUCAGUCAAACUAACGGUGAUAAAUUGAAAAAUAAAUGUGAGAGCACACACGUGGAAAACAACACAGCUAAUGGAAUCAAUUCCAAUAUGUCCAGAACGCGCUUGGAGAAAAUGCGUAUGGCGAAUAUUAAAACGGCUUUUAUGUUGUUUAUAGUGACUCUUGUUUUUAUUAUUGCCUUUUUACCCGCCUGGUUAAUGGCUCACAAACUGGUGUACAAGUUUGUCUCAGAAGUCAAUAAUUAG